AUGGGCAAUUCAAUGAAAAGUUAUGCCACAGGGCCGCAGUUCGCGUGUGUGACGGUGCCCUACUUCAACUGGAUCGUUGCCGCAGCCCGCGUGACUGCGGGGACAUGCUCGUUGUUCGCUGACUGCAUGGCCAUCACCAAGGAGCUCGGCGGAUCUGCUACUGGCGCUGAAGUUACGCUCAACAUUAACGGCGAGGAGAAUUUCGGUCGGUGCGUGGCUGAGCCGCCGCUGAAUCACUUCUGCCAGCUCUCGUCCCUCAAUGGCACGGCCUGCCUUCCUCGCAGUGACUGGAGCCAAGCUCCAAUCCCUAGCAGCACGACGUACGCAUCGGUCCGCCAGCAGGUUUUCAAGGGCAAGAACAUUGGCCAGAUGUCGCCGCUCGUUGAGCAGGGCUGCCACGAUAACGUGCACGCCAACCUGGACGGCACCAUGGGCACCUUCGCGUCUCCUGCUGAGCCGCUGUUCUGGUCGCACCACGCGAUGAUCGACUUGCUGCACACCAUUUUUCACAAAAAGCGGCGAACAAAGUUGCGUGAACGUCCUGUGCUCGUCGUGGCGGUGGCGUCUUCCGUCCGACGGAUGGCAUCACCAUGCACGGGCGAGAGGGGCGUUAAUCCGAUCCCUGGCUCCACUGAUCCGAAGAUCGGCAAGUACUUCGCCGGAGUCCCCAACCAGUUCGCGGGGCUCAUGGACGUCCGCGACUUGGGCAACAGCAGCUACACGUACUCCAUCACUGGUCAACUGGCUGCCAUGUACGAUCGCUGUGACGCCUCUCCUACGUCUCGCAAGCUUGAGGAGGACACGACCGCUACGAACACCACGUCCAAGCCCAACAACUUCCCGGAGACCGACUACAAUGGCCAGGAUGACGGCCGCCAGGACGUUAUCGUCGUCGACAGCACGGGCAAACCGGUCGAAGCUAACGCGCCAAUUGACGCAUAUGUCUCCGAUGAAGACGAGAAGCGCGUCAUCAACUGGUACGACCAGACCAUGGACGCCAUGAGGGGUGACUCGCACGACAACAUGGCCGACCUUGAGCGCCAAGCCUGCAUGUUCGAGCAUGUGUGUCUGGGUGGCACGAAGGACUACUCGCCCGAGUUCAAGGCGCUCUGGAAGGUGACGGAGCCGCGCUGCAAGACUAUUGUGGACGCCAUCCUGAACGGCUCGGAGUCGAUCAUCUAUGAGUCGUGGCGCGAGGACAUGGAGGCUCAGUUUGGUUGUCCCAAGCCGAACAACGCGACGAACUCGAGUUCGUAUUCGGGCUCGUGGGGCUCCUCGCAGGAUGGCUAUCCCGUAGUGGGGUCGCAGGAAUCGAACGACGUGAUCCAGCUGCCGGACGAUGCUGUCCAAAGUGGAGUUGAAGCGACCUACCGCCCAAUGGCGUAG